AUUUCACAAAGCCUAUGGUUGAGCCGUCACAAUGACCAAUCUUAUUGUCAGAAUGAAUUCAUUUAUGAAUUCAGACUUGCUUCCCACCGGCUUCAAUUCAAAGUUCGGUUUUGUUUACAUCGCGAUACUGGCAGUAUUAGUUACGAUAACCUAUUACACAACCCUUGUCAUAUACAACGUGUACUUCCACCCGCUCUCUAAAUUCCCAGGUCCAAGGGCAAGAGCGGCCACAGAAUGGCCAUAUUUUCUAUCUAUGGUCAAUGGCACCGGACCUCAAGACAUGCUAGAGAUGCACGAAAAGUACGGCCCUAUAGUUCGAGUCUCUCCAGGAGAGCUAGCCUUCUGCAGCCCUGCAGCGUUCAAAGACAUCUAUGGUCGUAGAAAGGAUGGCCCACCCGAGCUUGCCAAAGAUAAGAAGUAUUACUCAGGCAUGGGCGAACCUACAUUGCUCAAUAGUGAUGACAUGGCAUACCAUUCCUACCUCCGGAAACUGCUGUCGCCGAGUUUUUCGGACUUUAGUCUGAGGAAGCAAGAAGCCGUGAUUCAAGACUAUUUGAAGAUCUUGAUGAGAAAGCUUGAGAAGCACAGCCAGGAUUACGAUGGCGGCGCUGAUUUGCUGCAAUGGUUCAAUUUUUUCGUGUUCGAUGUGAUUGGAUAUUUAACGUAUGGAGAAACCUUUGACUGCCUUAACUCUAACGAGCUCCACACAUGGAUCAAAUUGAUCCCGCCGCUUGGAAAGUUCUAUGCUUUUUACCAAGCAGUCGCACGACUGCCUAUUUGGCUGAAAUAUCCAACCCUAGUGUUAGGAAUGCCUAGGGGCUUACUUUCAGACGUUAAAACGUUAGGUCAAAUUAGCGAGACCAAAGUCAAACAGCGCUUAAGCAUUACAGCCACGAUACCUGACUUGAUGGGGAAGCUUAUCGAGGAGUACAACGUGGGUAAAAUGACGAUGCAUCAACUAAAGUCCAACGCUUCCUUUUUGAUUGGUGCUGGAAGUGAGACUUUGGUGACUAUGUUUACACAUUGUGUCUACUACCUCCUGAUGAAUCCACACACUCUAUCGAAAUUAACAAGCGAGAUCCGAGGAAGGUUCUCCACUGCGGAUGAAAUCACUAUGGUUAAUGUUAACCAAUGCAAAUAUCUCCAGGCUGUUAUCGAUGAGACAUUGCGUAUUGUAGCACCUUCUCCCGCGACUCAUCCCCGUUAUACACCACCCGGAGGCAUCGACAUCGACGGAGUUUUUGUUCCUGGAGGAAUGGCUGUCGGUGUUCCAAUCCUUGCUGCCUGCAGGAGUUCGCUCAACUUCCACAAUCCCACGAAGUUUGUUCCGGAAAGAUGGACUGGAGAAGAUCCACUUUACGUUAAUGAUGCAAGAGACGCUGCUCAGGUGUUCUCGUAUGGCCCAAGAGACUGCCUCGGACGCAAUUUGGCGUAUGUUGAGAUGAGACUGGUUAUGGCCAGCUUCGUAUGGCAUUUUGAUCUUGAGCGGCGUUUCCCAGAAGACUGGGUGGACCAGAAGGUCUAUAUGGUUUGGGUGAAGUCGCCGCUUAUGGUAAAAUUAAAGCCGGUUCGAUGUUAAGAAAUGGAAUUGUAAUUCAACACCCCAGUUUUAUUAUCCAGCACCCAGCCGUAACUCAAUUACCUGAUAGUUUCACUCAUAUGUAUGCAUUCAAGGAAUAAACAGCAUUUAGGAAAAGUAGAAGUGGUAGAGGCAGUAGAGGCAGUACAAAGAUUAGAAUACAUGCAGUUGUAAUUCACGAUUUUAGCUACAGCUAGGGUCUUGGAUAAUGAAAAU